AUGAUUAGAUUUGCAUUCGAUGGUCUAUCUGAUACACAAAAGAAUACACUUCAUGGGUUAGUUAGCUCUAUGCGUUGCGACACGUUUUUGGAGAGUGUCUGGGACGUGGAUGAAGAUAUGCAAACCCUAGCUGAUAUGGCUCUCAUCUCCAAAACAAGACAUGGAGGAAAUGGUGGAAUCAUGGUGCACUAUUUGGUACGUCAUAUGGUAAGCAGCAAGACUGGCCCUGGUUCUCGAAUGAGUUAUAUUGAACAUUUUCAUAUACAGUAA